AUGGGGUUGAAGUUGAAUAAGCCUGAUGCCGAGAGCACCCCCUCUCCAAUCGAAGAUGAUCCCCUUGCAGCUGUACUUCCUCAGGAUGCCGCGCCAUGGUACAAGCAGCGUCACCUUCUGCAUCUCAACUUCAUCAUCUUCUUCCUGAUGAUGUACUCAUCGGCCAAUGGCACGUCCUUCCUUCUCGCUAGAUUGUUCCUGGGUGGUGCCUCUGCUCUUUUCGGUAACGCCGUCCCUCUGCUCAUCAAUGAGAUUGCCUACCCUACCCACCGUGGUAUCCUCAAUGGCCUUUUUAUGUCUGGCUGGUAUGUUGGAGGAACUGUCGCUGCGUUCGUCGUAUUCGCCUCCCGAACAUAUGACUCCUCCUGGGCAUGGCGACUGCCUUCUAUUCUCCAAGUCCUGGUGCCACUCGUCGGACUUCCAGGAUUCCUCCUUGCCCCCGAAAGCCCUCGAUGGCUCGUCUCGGUGGGACGCGAAGAUGAAGCGCGCAAUAUCCUUACACAGUACCACGCGAACGGUGAUUCGAGCUCGGCACUCGUCAACUAUGAGUUCCAGGAGAUCAUCUCGACUAUUCGUGCGGAACAAGAAGCGAACCAGAACGGCAGCUAUCUUGAAAUGGUCAAGACCCCUGGUAACCGCCACCGCUUGAUGAUCUCCAUCAGUCUGGGUCUAUUUGCCCAGUGGGUUGGAAACGGUGUCAUUUCAUAUUAUCUAUCCUUGAUCCUGGACUCUGUAGGCGUGACUAAAGUCCGCGAUCAGACCCUCAUCUCAGCCUGUCUCCAGGUCUGGGAUCUCCUCUUUGCUGCCUUGGCGCCCACAAUCGUCGGCAUGUUCUUCAAUACGUUUGUCAACCCAAUUGCCAUGGCAGCUAUCAGUUGGAAGUACUACUUUGUGUUCGUCGCUGUGUUGCUGGUGUUCGGCGCUACUGCGUUCUUCUAUUACCCCGAGACAAAGGGCUAUAGCUUAGAGCAGAUUGCCGUGCUUUUCGAUGGCGAUGAUGCUUUAGUCAGGGAUCCUGUGGAGAUCGCGAAAGGCGUACGGGCAGACAAAGUUGAUUCUUUGACUGAACACGAGGAGUCGAUCUGA